GUUAGCUUAGGGCCGUCGAUUCUCAUCCGAAGCGGCACCCCACAAUCCCCACAGACCUUCAUCUCAAGUCAUGAAAAUGAUGAUAAUCCCAGUUCUCAACUAACGCACUCCCGGUUCCAGAUCUCUGCCCUGCCCCAGAUCUCUGCUGGGAAGAAAAAUGGAGGUGCUCUGCAUCGGGACGGCGGACACCAAGCUGGAGGAGCUGCUCUUCCUCGCCUCCCGCCUCCGAUCCCACCUCGCUGCCGACCCCAAGCAGGUUCAAGUGAGCAUAGUCGAUGUCUCCACUACUAAAGAGAUGACGACACAAGAUUCUAAAGACAUCUCAUUUAUCCCUAGAGAUGCAGUUCUUUCGUGUCAUUUGGGUGUUGACCAACAUAAUCUUCCAAACGACCGAGGAGAAGCAAUUGCACUCAUGUCAAAGUCUCUGCAGAGCUUUCUGAAAAGAAGAUAUGAGAGUGGUACCCUGUUGGGUGCUGUUGGCUUAGGAGGCAGUGGAGGAACCGCAUUACUUGCUCCUGCUCUGAGAUCCUUGCCACUUGGAGUGCCUAAGCUUAUUGUAUCUACCGUUGCUAGUGGCCACACUGCACCAUAUGUUGGAACGUCUGACUUGGUAUUAUUUCCUUCAGUUGUUGACAUAUGCGGAAUAAACAGUGUCAGCCGUGUUAUAUUGUCUAAUGCUGCUGCAGCUGUUGCCGGAAUGGUACAUGGUAUACUAAUGGCAUCCAAUGAGUCUGAUGAAACUGCUACAAAGCUGACUAUUGGUAUUACAAUGUUUGGUGUUACAACACCAUGCGUAAAUGCUGUCAAAGAUAGAUUGAACAAAGAAGGGUAUGAGACACUUAUAUUCCAUGCCACUGGUGUUGGAGGCAAAGCAAUGGAAGAACUAGUUAGGGGCGGUUUCAUACAGGGUGUACUAGAUAUAACAACAACAGAAGUUGCAGAUCAUAUUGUAGGCGGUGUCAUGGCUUGUGAUGAGACAAGGUUUGAUGCAAUUAUAGAGAACAAGAUCCCUCUUAUUCUCAGUGUCGGAGCAUUGGAUAUGGUUAACUUCGGAGCACGAGAUACUAUUCCCCUUGCUUUUGCUGACAGAAAGAUUCAUGUGCAUAAUGAGCAAGUUUCAUUGAUGCGGACUACCGUGGAAGAGAACAAGAAAUUUGCUAGGUUUAUUGCUGAUAAGAUGAACAAAUGUUCUUCCAAAGUUACUGUUUACCUGCCUCAGAAGGGCAUAUCUGCAAUAGAUGCACCAGGAAUGCCAUUUUAUGAUCCAGAAGCUACAUCUACACUAUUGGGUGAAUUGAACACCCUUAUAGAGAGAACUGACAACCGAGAGGUGAAGCUGCUUCCUUAUCACAUAAAUGAUCCUGAAUUUUCCAACGCCUUGGUAGAUGCAUUCCUGAGCAUGGAUGUAAAGGUCUCUGGUACUGGGAUUCAGAUAAAUAGCACAGUCCAACCUAAGCAAGAUGAGAAUUCAAAGGAAUCUUGUUCAGGACAGAGAAUUUCAGAUAGUUCUAUUAUAUGGAGACCUCCUGUGGAUUUUCCGGAUGCAAUACCAGAAACAUUGCAGAAGACAAAGUCAUUGCUACAUAAACUAAAGCAACAAAUUAGUGAGGGUAUUCCAAUUAUUGGAGCUGGAGCUGGUACUGGCAUAUCUGCAAAGUUCGAAGAAGCUGGUGGGGUUGAUCUUAUAGUGCUGUAUAACUCUGGGCGGUUUCGAAUGGCUGGAAGGGGCUCACUGGCAGGGCUCUUGCCAUUUGCUGAUGCAAAUGCAAUUGUACUUGAGAUGGCCAAUGAAGUGCUGCCUGUUGUCAAAGGAGUUCCAGUUCUUGCUGGGGUUUGUGCUACCGAUCCGUUCCGUAGAAUGGAUUACUUUCUCAGGCAACUAGAAAGUAUUGGAUUUUGUGGAGUACAAAACUUCCCUACAGUUGGUCUGUUUGAUGGGAAUUUUAGACAGAACUUGGAGGAAACUGGAUUUGGCUACAGCUUGGAAGUGGAGAUGAUCUCAAGGGCUCAUAACAUGGGUUUCCUUACUACUCCAUAUGCUUUCAAUCCAGAAGAAGCUGCUGCCAUGGCCAAGGCAGGAGCUCAUAUUAUAGUGGCACACAUGGGGCUGACCACUGCAGGGUCUAUUGGGGCAAUGACAGCUGUCACUUUAGAUGACAGUGUUGUACAUGUUCAAUCCAUCGCCGAUACAGCACUUGGGAUUAACCCUGAUAUUAUUAUUCUCUGUCACGGAGGUCCCAUAUCAGGACCCCAAGAGGCGGAGUUUAUCUUGAAGAAUACUAAUAGGGUCCAUGGAUUCUACGGUGCAUCAAGCAUGGAAAGAUUGCCUGUUGAACAAGCUAUCACAAACACCAUGAGAGAGUACAAACGAAUUUCCCUAAAAUAAGAAUCGUAGUUCACAUGUGUGCUUUAUCUCAAUGCAAGCUGUGGUUCUUCCAAUACACUUCAUGGCUGUUUAUGGCACGCCAUCUGGUUCACUCCAUUUGCAGAUAUGAAGCUGGGGGUUUGUAACUUUGUUGUAACAUUGUAUAUUAUGUCCAAUGUACCUUUCUUUAAUAAUUACAGAAGAAAGAUGUCAGGCACUUCUUGUUGUAAAUUUUUUACAGAAUCCAUUCUGUUUAGGAGAA